AUGAGAGCGUGCAGAAGAUUCCUGCUGUUUUUCGGAAUUAUGGGAUCUAUGUUUCUCAUUUACCAAUGGGAAAUAUCACAGAUAAACAAAGCAGAGGGGAUCCAUCAGCUGCAGGAGCUGAGAAAGCAGCAGCUGAGAGAAAAGUGUAAUGCAUUUACAGAGGGGAGGCACAGUUUUGAAAACAUGAGUAACACGGAGCUAAGGAACCUUGUUGUGGAUGACGAACACUGCAUUAUCUACUGUUACAUUCCCAAGGUGGCGUCUACCAACUGGAAGAAAUUUAUGUUUGUCCUAAACCUGAGCGAGCCAUAUCAAGACCUGUUGUCCAUACCUGGUGAAUUGGUCCACCAGCCAGAGAAGCUCACUCACCUAAACAGCUUCCAAAGACCAGAGAUAAAGGCAAAGCUGAGGCACUACACCAAAUUCCUGUUUGUCCGGGACCCAUUUACCCGUCUCAUCUCCGCCUACCGAGACAAGUUACUGGGCUACAAUGACUUCUACUAUAAAUACUUUGGUUGGGACAUUCUGCAGCGGUAUGGCAACAUGGCUAAUCCACCAAAGACAAAGGAGGAGGCGUUUGCAUCCGGUGUGCGCCCCUCAUUUCACAACUUUAUUCAGUACCUGCUGGACCCGCAGACACAGAAGCAGCCCUUUGAUUCCCACUGGAGGCACAUGCACCACUUGUGCAACCCCUGCACUAUACAGUAUGACUUCAUUGGACAUCAGGAGACUUUACAGCAGGACACUGAACAGCUGCUGAAGAUGUUAAAGCUGCAGGAUGACAUUAAGUUCCCUCCCGUCUAUAAAAACGUGACAUCCUCUGCUUCUGUGUCAAGGUGGUUUAGCACAGUGCCCCUAGAGGACAGGAGGAAGCUGUAUGAACUCUACGAGGAGGACUUUAGGCUUUUUGGCUACAGUAAGCCAAGUGAAUUACUUGAUGGUUGA